AUGGCCUCUUUCCGCCACGGGCAAAAGCAAAGUGAACACCAUGACAACGGCAAUCAUCCUGAGGGUGAAAAUAAUCGUUUAUUACCACUAGGGCUUGCACUGGUGGAGCUGUCUCUUGGAAAGCCAGUACGCACCUUGCUGAAUCCAGGGGAUGAUGAGGGCGAGGAUAUACUUGUAACCAAGGUCAGAACAGUGUCUCGUCUUGUCAGGAUGGUUUACAUGGAGAGCGGCACCAAUUACGCCGAAGCACUCAAUAACUGCUUGUCCUGGUCCGGCCCAUGCCUCGAGAAAAAUUUCGAGGAAAAGGUGUUCAAAAAUAUGGUUUCUCCGUUGCUGAAAGACUUGGUCAAUUUUGAGGGCUUGGCAUGA